CUGUCUAGCGAUAUCACUCCGAGUAGUCGAGAGAGCGGGUAGGAAGAAUGAUUUGAUUAUGCUAACCGAGAAGGACCAGCUCGUAUCGGCUGACGAGGAGAAGAUCAAGACAGUAGGACGAAUGACGAAUGUCGCGUUCCGAUUGGGAAAAGUGCAUGCUUUAGGAGAUGUUGUGGUGCUGGAUGUGAAUACGUAUGACGUUCUUUUCGGCCUUCCUGCAUUGGUGGCGCGGCGUGCUAAUGUAGACUUCGAACGCCGAUCCGUCAUUCUCCGGAAUACCGGGGGAAAGCCGUAUGUAAUACCCAUGAGACUAACUCUUCGAACGUCGGUUAAGUGGGUUCGGUGCYYGAURGGAAUCUGMAAUGCGCCUGCCACGUUUCAGAKGRCGAUGAACGUGACUUUUCAGAAUUUCGUCAAUAAGACACGGCUGACUAAGGGGAUGAUUAACUUCUGCGUCAUUGUGUACAUGGAUGAYGUUCUGGUGUACUCGGACACGUUUCACGGACACGCGCARCACRUCRAAUGGACGUUGGGUGCGUUGAGAGACGCAGGUUUCAAGAUUGCGCUGGAAAAGAGCGAGUUUUUCCUUCCGGAAAUCUCGUUCUUGGGGUAUGUGGUGACACGAGGAGGCCUGCGGCCGGACUCUCGAAAAGUCGCGGCGGUCAAAGAAGCCCCGGUUCCGACCUCACUGACGCACGUUCGAGCCUUCUUGGGCCUGGCCUCGUAUUACCGGCGGUUCAUCAAGGGGUUCGCGGCUAUAGCAAGGCCUCUGACAAACCUGCUGCGAAAAGAACAGCCCCUUCAUGGGGAUGACGAGUGCGACCAGGCCUUCGGGGCCCAGAAGGAUGCUCUCGUCACGGCCCCGAUUUCGAUUCGACCGGACCCCUCUCGACAGUUUAUUCUCAUCACCGACUGGCAGCCGGAGGCUAUCUCGGUCAUUCUGGCACAAAAGGGAAACGAUGGGAGGGAGCAUGUCAUCGAGUACUCUUCCCGGAUGGUGCCUGACAAGCGACGAAACGAUUCCGCGCCACAAGGAGAAUGCUAUGCGGUAGUGUGGGGUAUCCARCACUUCCAUCCGUAUUUGUACGGUCAAAAGUUUCUGCUCRUCWCCGACCAUGAACCUCUGUUGGCUCUGAAAAAGCUAACCAACUACACGGGCAUGAUCGGACGAUGGGCAGUGCGGUUGCAAGAGUAUGAAUUUGACAUUGCUCAUCGAAAAACGGAGAGGCAAGGCAACGCCGACGGACUGACAUGUUUGCACCAACCCGCCAUGGACAACAGCAUCAGGAAUGAUGACAUCAUCGGCGACGCCGUUAACAAUGAGCAUGUGGGUUCCACGGCGGGCGUGUCUGAGGCGGCUGUCGAAGGCGUGACUUGGCAAACCGUGCGAGGAUUGGCAGAGAUGGACAGUCACGGCUGCUCAAACGGUCUACGCGAAGAAGAGAUCGACGUCGUGGCGAUGGCAGUGACUGCCGUCGUCGUGAACACGAUAGGCGACAAGGAGUCCUCGUCGCGCGACAUGCUGAUGCGGCUCCGGCAACGAAGAGCGCUGUUGCAGAGCGUUGCAGAGGCGCCAGAUUGCGCGGCGACGUGUGAGGCAGUCACUUCGCGAUGGUGGAUUAAACGACGGACUGGCGGGACAUGGGAGGACCUCUGGCUUCGGGACAACGCGACGGACGAGUACUUCCGACAGAAGCUGCGCAUGUCGACGACCAUGUUCAACCACAUCGUAGCCGCGUGUGCCGCGUACAUGGAGAAGAAGGUGACGCACUAUCGAAUGUCAUUGCCAGUGGAGCAGCUGAUUGCUUUCGCGUUAUACAGGUGGGCGUCCGGAGAGACGUACGAGAGCGGCACGUCAACAUUUGGCAUCGGCAGGGCAACUGGACAGCAGGCCGUCCGCGACGUCACUUCGGCGCUGCUGCAGGCGUACCCCGACGCGAUAAAGUGGCCAAUGGGCAGGAGACGUGCGCAGAUUCUGCGCGCUUUGCGUGAGAAGGGUUUCCCAAACUGCUUUGGCACUAUCGACUAUACACACAUCUACAUUGACAAGCCCGCCGGUACACCUUCUGAGAACUACUACGACCGCAAACAGAAGUUCUCCAUGCAAGCGCAGGUGGUUGUGGAUUUGGAUUUGCGGAUCCUCGACGUCCACGUGGGAUACCGUGGAAGUGUGCACGACGUCCGUGUCCUACACAAUUCCUUGUUGUUUAGGCGUGCAGAAAGUGGCGAGCUGUUUGACGCAACUCCGGAGAAUCUGCCGCACGGUGUCGUCACGCGAGGCUACCUGCUGGGCGACAACGGUUUUCCAGUUGCCUGUCUGUGGAUUGUGUUGCCGUACAGAGGAAUCGACCAAGGUGCUGACGAGGAGCGCUUCGACACGCGGCAAAAGGUGGCACGGGGGUGUGUGGAGAGGGCAUUCGGCCGACUCAAGUGCAUGUGGCGUCUGUUCUUGCGCACCCAUAAGACGAACCUAGAGACCUUGCCACAGCAAUUCGUGGCUGUCUGCACUCUUCACAAUAUCCUCCUGGACGCGGGGAUCGACUUCGACAAGAACCUUCUGUGGGAGGUGGAUGCGAACGGCGUUCGGCGUAAAGUGGACUUGGGCAUUGUGGGGAACGGCGCACGCGGGCGGGGACGGUGCACAAACGUGGAAGGUGAAUUGUUGAGGGAUGCACUGUGAGACCGCCUAGCUUUGAUGUAG